AUGAAGAAUCUUAUAAACCUUGAUCUUUCCAAUACCAACAUUAAAAGCAUACCAAUUCUUCGUGAUAUUGGAGCUCUCACUCAUCUCUUUGUAAGGGACUGUCAAGGCGUAGAAAGACUGCGCAGCAUUAAGUCAUUAUCCAAACUCCAAGUUCUUGAUCUUUCAGGUUCUAGCAUUAAUGAAUUUCGUGACCAGUCAUUAGAACCUAAUAACUUGCCAACCUUGAAUUCCCUUAGCAAACUGGAGGUUAUUGAUCUGUCUGGUUGUGGUGCUUUGACAGUCAUAGAAGAUGAAUCUUUUGAGCAGAUGUCUUGCCUUCAGAGCUUCUCCCUCUCUGAUGCAAAGAUUGAAAGACUUCCAUCCCUUUCAAACCUUAACAACCUCCGCUACCUCUCAUUGAGAAAAUGUACUAACUUGAAAUUAGUGGUUGAACCACUGACCACUCUCUUAAGUCUUGAGGAGCUACAUUUAUGUUGUAUCAGUUCCUUGACUCAAGCUGAUUUCUUGGAGCAAAUGAGUCACCUUCAUAUUCUUGACCUCUCUGAAACCCAGCUUGAAAAGCUAUCAUCCAUGUCAAAUCUAAAAAACCUUGUUCAUCUUUCUCUGAGGGGUUGUAAGCAGUUGCGCACAGUGCAACACUUGGAAGCACUUACAAAGCUUGAGAUUCUGGAUCUUUCGGGAACUGCAGUCAUGCAUCUGCCAUCCCUUACCAAUCUUAGCAACCUCCACCAAUUUCUGCCUAGUAAUUGUUUGAGCUCAGAAGAGCUUAAAAAUCUUGAGAUGCUUGAUCUGUCUGGAGAUGUUAUCAAAGAAGAAUCAACUGACCUUGAGAACCUUGAUCUGCCAACAUGA